CUUUAGCUGCCUGUAUCAUGUUGAUCAACCACAAUUUUUCACACAAACUUAAUAAUCUCUGUGAAGUUCACGGAUUUAUUCGAAGUUAUGUUUAUUGUUUCUCCUAGCAUCUUCAAUGAACGCCAUUUCAAGGUCUUCUCAGUAGCGCAUCAAAUAAAAAGUUUUGGAAAUGUCAAUGCAGGAAUUCUCGGAUAAUUUAUCCACUUUGUCGUACAUGUCUCGACGUCGCAUUCCAACGUGGGUAUAUGAUCCUAAGAACAAAACUCUUUUCGGCCGCACAUGCUGCAGCUGGACUCUCUGUAUUUUGUUCUACUUGAUAUAUUAUGCUUGCCUGGCAACAUUCUUCACCUGUUUAUUAUGGUUGGUAUUGUAUUGCAACGCCCCAGAGAACCAGCCGGCUAGAACCGGAGCUCAGAGUUUACUAGAUUUCAAGCCAGGCCUUGGGUUCCGUCCACUAUUAAAUGUUCAAAAAUCUCUCAUUCGUUAUUCUUCUGGCGAUCCCCAAACCUAUCUACCAUACACUCAGAACAUAGACGCGUAUUUAGAUACGUAUAAUCAGGUUAACGCGAAGCCCGAUAGUCAAUUUGCCAGUUGUAAAGGCAAGGAAGGAGAAACAAAAGAUGUGGAUAAGGUUUGCAAAUUCCCUCUUGAGAGUUUGGGACCUUGUAACACUUCAAAUAAUUACGGUUACGAUAGUGGAACACCUUGCGUUCUUCUUAAAGUAAAUAAGGUGUUUGGAUGGAUGCCGUCUAUUGAAAAACCAUCUCAAUCAAAUGAUAUCUUGGUUAGUUGUUCUGGACAAAAUUCUGCAGACGAGGAAAAUAUUGGUCCAUUGACUUAUUAUCCUUCUAAAUCUGUUGGUGGAAAACGAUAAAAAAAACCCAAAUAUCCAUAAUUUUCAUUACAAGCAAUUCAGUUUUUAUGUAACUUACUUUUGACAACAGUCGAGUAAAUUAAAUGGGUCACAAUCACUCAAUAUAUUCGUCUUUAAAGGUUCAAACCACUCAUUUCAUUAUACUAUUUACUUUCAGGUUACAAUUCAUCUACUCUACUUUACUUAAUAUAAAAAAGUAAAAUAAAAUCCUCUUACUUUCGUUAUAAUGAAAAAUACAACAGGCGAAAAAAAGCCGUCAGAAAAGUCCACAAAUGAUUUAAUAACUUUAACCAAUCAAUAGGUUUACAAUCACCAUGGUGUUUACAAACAAACUAGGAGUAGCAUUCACUAGUAAAUUAUCGAAUAAUCAAUUUUAGAAAAAAUUUUUCUAACCUCACUUCUAUACUCCUAUAUUAUCGUGAUACUAGCCUGUUUAUAGUUUGUAUAUUAAAUGUUUUGACCGAAAAAUAACUUCUCCAAAUUGUUUUUGUUACUAUUAUUUUUUCGUUAUCUUUUUUUCUCUGUUCUUUAGUGGGGUAUUCAGUAGUGCUUAUUAUCCAUAUCUUGGACAAGCGGGUUAUCUUGGCCCAUUAGUUGCUGUGGAAUUUAAAGCACCUAAAAAAAGCGUCGCUAUUUUGGUUAAAUGUGCAAUUUCCAAUGUUCAAAAUGCCAAUAAAGAUGAAUUGAAUUUUGAAAUAAUGGUUGAUUAGAAACUAUCACUGACAAUGAUAUCAAUAAUUAGUCUCUAUAUAGUUACAGAAAUGGACAACCCUAAUCACUUCCCAUGAUCAUGUUCUUAAGUUGUUAGUCAUUUAGCUACUGAACAACAUUUAAGUAGUUUAACAUUGAAGAAUCAAUGGUUGGUUCCGACACCAAAUGCAUUGGUUAAAACAAGAUUAAAUUGAAGAAUUGAUGAUAAAAUACACUGAAAGUUGAACUGAGGAGGCUUUUCAGUGUAUUUUAUUAUCAAUUCUUCAAUUUAAUCUUGUUUUAACCAAUGCAUUUGGUGUCGGAACCAACCAUUGAUUCUUCAAUGUUAAACUACUUAAAUGUUGUUCAGUAGCUAAAUGACUAACAACUUAAGAACAUGAUCAUGGGAAGUGAUUAGGAUUGUCCAUUUCUAUAACUAUAUAACUACUUAUACUUAAUCACUAUAGAAUAUUGUUAACAUGAAACUUUGUUUUUGUUUUUGGGGAAGUUAAUUUUCGGUUCAAUCGAACAAUAGAAAUACAUUAUGAAAGUUAAAUAAAAAUUUGCUCUUAUAUUUUGUAGUUAAAAAACUCGAUACAGAAACAUUAGAUUUGUAUCUAUUUAGAAUAAUUUAUCUUAAUUGUUUUGAAAAAGAACUAAAUAACUUUUAUUGUUUCCAUAUUUGAAUCUAAUCUAAUUGAUGUUGUCUAAAUCAUUUCUAUGUAAUUUAUUGUUACCAUUAUUAUUCUAUUAAUAAAGAUAAAUUUAGAUAG